UUCCACCAAGCCAUCUUUCAUCCCUCUCCUCCUCCUCUUCCUCCGCCUCUUCACCGCCGCAUACUCCAUCGGAGUCAACUACGGCACCCUCGGAGACAACCUGCCUCCGCCGACCGCGGUGGCCAACUUCCUGAAAACAAGAACCAACGUGGACAGCGUUAAGAUCUUCAGCGUGGACCCUCAGAUCCUUCGCGCCUUCGCUAACACAGGGAUCUCCGUCACCGUAACGGCACCUAACGGAGACAUACUAGGUUUAGGAAACAUCAAUACGGCGAGACAGUGGGUUGUUAACAACAUUAAACCGUUUGUUCCUCAGACGAAGAUCAAAUACAUCCUCGUUGGAAGCGAAGUUUUGCAUUGGGGCGAUGCUACCAUGAUUAUGGGCCUUGUUCCUGCCAUGAGAACCCUUCACGCUGCUCUUCUCGCUGAGGGUAUCAGAGACAUUAAGGUGACGACAGCGCAUUCUCUGGCGAUAAUGCGGCAAUCAAUCCCACCAAGUGCAGGAGAGUUCAGGCCCGGUUACGCAAAGCGGAUAUUGGGCCCAAUGCUGAAGUUCCUAAAAGAAACCCAAACCCCUUUCAUGGUAAACCCAUACCCAUACUUCGGGUACAACCCACAGAAUCUAAACUUCGGAAUCUUCAAGCCCAACAAAGGCCUGUACGACAACAACACCAAGCUGACCUACACGAACCAGUUCGACGCGCUCUUGGACGCCGUGCACUCCGCCAUGAAGGCGUUGGGGUAUGCUGACGUGGACAUUGCGGUUGGCGAGACGGGAUGGCCGUCGGUUUGCGAUGGUUGGGACGCGUGCAGCAUCGCGAACGCGCAGUCGUAUAACAGUGAGCUGAUUAGACACGUGGAGGCUGGUAAGGGAACCCCGUUGAUGCCGAAUAGAAGGUUCGAGACUUAUAUAUUUGCUCUCUUUAAUGAGAACCAGAAGCCUGGACCCAUUGCUGAGAGGAACUGGGGACUCUUCCAACCCGAUUUUACUCCCGUCUAUGAAUCUGGAAUCUUACGCAAUGGCCAGAGACCAGCACCAGCUGCAAGUAACAAUGGCCCGGCAACACCAACAGCCGGAGGAGGAAGCCAGAAAUGGUGUGUGCCGAAGGCCGAUGCAACCGCCGCAGCCAUGCAAGCUAACAUAAACUAUGCAUGCAGCCAAGGCAUCGAUUGCAAGCCAAUCCAACCCGGUGGUGCUUGCUAUGCACCCGACGACGUUAGGGCGCUCGCCGCCUACGCAAUGAAUGCCUACUAUCAAGCCAAGGGCCGCCACGACUUCAACUGUGACUUCUCUAACUCCGCCACCAUCACCUCUGACAAUCCAAGCCACGGUACUUGUCAACUCCAAGCUUGAAGAUCAUAAUGAUAUAAUCAAGGGACGAAAGCAGAGUGAUUAAGCCUAAUUAUUAAUUAAUCUACGAGAGAAGAUAUAUAUAGAGAGAGGAAUAUCAUUGCGGCAUGAUCUUAAUUACAAAGAAAUAUGGGAUAUGGGAUGGGGGAAAAUGGUGGUAUGGAUAUGACCUUGUGUUAAUUUGUGAUCUAUGUGUUAUUGUUAUUAUUUUUCAUAUCAAAUGUAUGCUCCAUUAUUGUUUAGUUUGUAAGUAUAUGAUUGUUCAGAAAGACAAGAGAUGGAUGCUAGUUAAUUAAAACAACAAUUGACAUGAAAUUAUUCCAUGGUUGGCUAA